AUGGCUACAAGUGAAUUGAAUCAGUUUCUGGAAGAUAUUGAUGAGAAAGUCUUAGAGUGUGCCAUAUGCUUGAAGAGACUCCAGAAUCCAAAAUCUCUCAACUGCCUGCAUAGUUUUUGUUUGGCCUGUCUGGAAGACUGGGUCAAGAAGAAGGGUAAGCUGACUUGUCCAACUUGCACAAAAUCAUUUCCCAUUCCAGAAGGCGGGCUUCAGAAAAUUCCACCAAACACAUUUCUGAAUAACUUGUUAGAAACCCAUCAACGAUAUGAUAAACCUGCUGGUGAUCACAUCACAAAAUGUGUUUGUGGAAAAGCAGAAGAAUACUAUUGCCAGGAUUGCAGACAUUACUUGUGCUCUUCUUGCAGAGAUUAUCAUAAAAUGUUGCCAAUUUCGGCAAAUCACAAGCUACAUGCAGUGGAGGAUGUGCGCUCAAUGACACCACAAGACUUUGCUUUGUUAAAUCCUCCACUGUGUUCACUUCACUCUAAACCUUUCGAGUUGUACUGUCAAGAUUGUAAAACUCCAAUUUGCAUUCAUUGCACAUUCAUAAACCACAAAAUGUGGGAAGGGAAGCACAAAACAAUCAGCAUAUCAGAUGCAUUCCAAACAUUUAAAGAAACUUCAUCAACAUUAGAAAAAUCUGCCCAAUGCUGCAAAGAUAAGUUAGAAGAAGGCCUUGAAGCAGUUAUUCAAACAUCUACAAAAUUAGAUGAAAGUAGAAAGACAAGUUUGCAAGAUAUUGACAGGCUUGUGCAGGAAAUGAUUAAAACAAUCAUGAAUAAAGGAGACGAAAUGAAAAAAAAUGUAGACAUAAUCUACAAACAGAAAAAGCAAGUAAAUGAUGUACAAAUGGAUGAAUUGAAAACAAUAAUAUCUGAAGUAAAUACAAAAUUAAGUUUUCUUAAGCAGUUAUUAAAGAGUGAUGAAGCAACAGCGAUGCAAUCAAGUGAAACAGUAAUUAAAGCACUGGAGGACAGAGUCAAUGAAAUGCCCAAAACAGAGCCAAAUGAUAAUGGGCAAAUUUUAUUUUUUGCAAACAAACACCACAUUGCUUCUUUGCAGCAAUGUGAGAUUGGAAAUGUAACACAAUCAACAAUAGAUGGUCUUACAUUAAAGGGAGUGGAAUCUGUGACACAAGGUCAAGAAAUUCUUGCCAAAAUAAUUAAAGCAGAUAGAUGUAAUGUAUUAGCAAAUCAAUUGAAGGCAACAUGGACACAUCCUACAGGAGAAAUAAACAUCUCUCAAGUUGACGAAGAUGACUAUGUAGAUUAUGUUGUGACAGGAAAAUGUAACAGUCCAGGUGUUUGUAGACUUGAUGUGAGUGUUGAUGGCAAACCGAUCAAGCAGUCACCAAUGAUAAUCAAAGUAGAACCAGAAGGAUUAUUUAAUACCAUUAAAUUAUUCAAAAACAAGAAUGAUGAUUGUAGAAGCCUAGUAAAAUGUGAAGAGUGCUUGUUGGUUUCAUGUCGGACUAAUGAAUUGUUCAAGUAUAUGCAAUCAGGAGAAUAUAUUGGUAAGGUUACACUACCACAAGAUGUGAAAAUAUUUAAAAUGUGCAAAAUGAAGAAUGGUAACAUAGCAGUCAGUGACGAAGGCAACGGAUGCAUCACAAUAGUUAAGAUGAAUGGUGAGGUGAUCAAAUCGAUUGGUCAGAAAAUAUUGAAGGAUCCAGCUGGGAUCCAUGUGGAUGAAGCAUCAAAUACUGUGUAUGCAGCUGAUUGUAAAUAUAAAUGUGUGUACAUAUUUGAUAUUGAUAGUGGCCAGCUGAUCAGAAAGUUAGCGUCACCAAACAAUAAAAUAGGAGUCAUUGAUGUUACCCUUACAAAUCAAGGAAAUAUUCUUGCAUUAGAAAGAAAAAGCAACUCUUGUGACAAUGGAUUAUUACAAUUUGAUAAUGAAGGAAGGUUGAUGAAAGUGCUUGUCAAAGGUAAUGAGCAUGAGGCUUGGAGUUUUGAAGAGGUAGUAGUUGAUGAGGAUCACAAUAUCAUUUUAGCAAGUUAUGGAAAAAUACAGCUUUUCAGUAGUGAUGGAAAUUUUAUCAAAAGAAUUGAUAAACCAGCAGACAGAAUCAAAUAUCCAAACGGAUUAUGCUUAAUUUCGCAACAUCCACGGAGAAUUGCGGUGAUAAAUAAUGACGCUAUAAAUUUAUAUAAUUACUGAUGUGUAUUCAGUAUUGGGUCCAGGAAUUUUAAAUAUGUGGCCCAGGGAGGGACUUUGGAUGGAGGGUAUAUACAACCUUAGUCCCACCAUGGUUGAGAGGGGAGGUAUACAAAAAUAUGAUUAUGAAAUAAAUGACAAUAUGAUUAUGACAAUGGAGAUUAUGUUGUGACAGGAAAAUGUAACAGUCCAGGUGUUUGUAGACUUGAUGUGAGUUUUGAUGGCAAAUCGAUCAAGCAGUCACCAAUGAUAAUCAAAGUACAACCAGAAGGAUUAUUCAAUACCAUUAAAUUAUUCAAAGACAAGAAUAAUGAAUACGGAAGCCUAGUAAAAUGUGAAGAGUGCUUGUUGGUUUCAUGUCGGACUAAUGAAAUGCUCAAGUAUAUGCAAUCAGGAGAAUAUA